AUGGCAAACGAAGACUCAGGGCCUUCACGCUCGCAUACCCACCGUGGACGCAGCCGAAGUCCUGGUAACGAAAGGAGAAGUCGACCACGAGACAGACGGAGCCCAAGCGGAGGUGAACGUGAUGGAGUCCGGUGGAGCCGCAGCCGAGAUCGAAGACCGAGCGAAAGGCAUGCUGACAGGGAUCGCAGAAGGAGCUCUCGUGAUCGGGACACUGUCUACAGUGACAAACGCGAUCAACGUGAUCGAUACACCGGAAGGCACGGCUCGCCCUCCCGAUCUCCACCUAGACGUCGACAUCGAUCUACAAGCUCCUCCUCCUCAUCAUCAUCAUCAUCAUCCGCUUCUUCAGGAAAAGAACGAUCUAGGGAGAAGAAACAUUCCAAGAAGUCAAAAAGCAAACGGGAUUCAUCGAUAUCGAGUGAGGAUCAGCACGAGUCCCGCAAACAUUCUAGCAAGUCUAAGAGCAAGCGAUCUCAUAAGAGCCGGCACAGGAGUCCAGGUGAAGACAGCUCAGAUGAACAUGCUCGUAAGAAACAGGCCCGUGCCGAAAAGAAAGAACGCAAGAGGAAAAAACGAGAGAAAAAAGAAAAGGAGAAGAAAAAAGAAAAGAAGGGACAGUCCUCAAAGCACAAAUCUGCUAUCAGUGAGUAUGGCAAGUAUGGAAUCAUCACUGAGGCUGAUAUGUUUACCAAGGAUCAAGAGUUCAGGGCUUGGCUGGUAGAAGAAAAGACGCUGAAUCCUGAAACGGUUUCACAGAUUAAAAUGAAGGAACUCUUCAAAGUAUACAUGGAGGACUUUAAUACUGCUACAUUACCACAUGAAAAGUUCUAUGCACUGGAAAAGUAUGAAGCAAGGAUGAAUGCGAUUCGCUCUGGGAAUGUGACUACCCAGAGUGAUACCUAUGAUCCUCGCGCUGAUGAAGCCGCUCUGGCUGCCCAACACAAGCGGGUAGCUAAGACGGACGGAGAAGUGUAUAUUGGUCGGGCUCAGCUUGAGCAGCUUAGGCGAAUUGAACGGGAGAGAGUCGAGGCUUCCCGAAUGAAGAGGAUGGGGAUGGAGGUUAAAGAGAGUAUGGGUGUACGAUAUGAAGCCGAUUGAUAUGCACCCUUGAGGUUGUUAUACUCCAGCAGAAAAAAAGUGAUGAUUUCUGAUGGCCAUAUACUCUUCCACUUAUUGAAAUAAAUAGCCAAUCCUCAUCAAGCAUCAUAAUCCUCAUAGUUGUUGCACCAUUCUGCUGAUAAAAUUACAAAGUCUGUAUAUAAUUUGAACACCUCUCUCUCUCUCUCUCCAACUGACUGGUUUUGCACGUGAUGACACCCAGUAGUUAUUCUUUUCAAAUGGUGCAGUUGGGAGGUUUUGAAAGUCCUAGCUAUUAUUUUCACAAUGAAGUUCAAAUCCCUCGGUUUGCAACUAAGCUAUGAGUGUACAAAUACAAUAUUGUAGUUAUUGCUUUUGCCUGGUGUUUGUAGCAGUUCCCAAACUUUUAAAACAUGCUAUGUUUUUAUUUUCAAGCCUUAUUUUUGAAAUGACUGGGUGUGAAUAACAGUCAAUAGAGGAAACGAC